AUGGACGCUAUGAAAUCAGCUGGAUUAUGCAGUGGCCAUACCUCUUCGUCCGCUGAUUACGAUGAGGUGAUAUCUGAUACUAUUUCUGACGCUUCGCGAGCAGUGAACCAAGGCCAAGAUACGACGGGUUUCAAGAUUUCACGCAAGGAAGUUGUACUUGCCAGACCUAUUUCGACAUCACGAUCUGCUAUAGAUAUAAAUAAUGCUGUUAAGCGUGCUCACCAUAAGCUUCCGUGCAUUGGCUAUUGUCCGACAAAGACUCGCGAAGAAAAGAUGAUGGUUUCAAUAACUUACGGGUUGAGGGUUAAUUGUAACAAAGAAGAUACGGUUGUAGACGAUGUCAUUAUGAAGAAGUUGAAUAUCCUGAAAGAGAUCUGUAGUCAGCACGCACGCGUCUUUUCCUCUGGACACCUGAACUGUUCCUUCAAACUAGCUGUUACUUGCCCUGGUUGCGAAUAUGAAGGCGUUGUAAACACAGGUGACCAGGACAGUACGUUUAGCGUGCCCCUCCAAGGGCUGCUACAAAGGUGGUAUGAAUCUGCCUCCGUCUCUGCUUACAGAGAUGUCCGAGAUCAGGAGAUUAAGUUUGACCCCGAAGUUCGCGAAGCUCGUGAAAUAUCGGCGACCCAGUUCUCCCUCGAGCCAAAGUUGCUGCAGUUGAUUGAAAGCUGCUGGAAGGAAAGCUUCGCAGCUGAUUACCCAGUGUGCGCCAAACCCUACAAAAUACACGUUUACGGUCCCGGCGGUCACUUCAAGAUGCAUCGGGAUACGCCACAGAAUGAGUUGCUUGGUACAUUUCUGCUUGGCCUUGGCGAUACAACUGGUGGCCACCACCUGAGGGUUGUUGACAAGGACUUGAACGCUACCCUGGGUAGUUGGUGUGCGUUCUACCCUGAUGUACCGCACUCGGUCACUACAAUCGAGUGUGGUUACUUCGCUAUACUUGCGUUGAAGAUUUUUCGCACAGGGAACCCGGAUGUGUCGGAGCCAAAGACGCAGCCCGAGGUUUUUACCACUGUUCAUGAUAUCACGACCGGGAUGAAGGUUCCUUUUGGGAUACUGCUAGAAAGGAAGUAUUGCCUGGGCACGACCGAGCUUGGUGGGAUGGACGCCUUGGUCCUCGCGUGCGCUCGGGCUCAACCCAAUGUCAGAGUGUACCUUCUACCAGUCGUUGUGCGAUAUUGCGCCAAAUGGAGCAUUCGCACUGCUCAAGAACCAUUCGAGAAUGAAUUCGACGCGCGAGUCUAUCCCUUUACGGAAGCCGACAUCGACUUUGCACUUGGGAGAACACAGGUGAUCGGUCGCAGUUGGCUGAAAGGUGCGAGGGAAGUGCCAUUUUACAGCGCCGACUUCGAUAGCUCUGUAGUCAAAUGGAGCCAGGAGUGUCGUGAGAUGGAUAAACACUAUGGAAAAAAGGGGGAGGCAUGGAGGGAAGACAGCGUUUAUUUUUCUUAUGCAAUGUUGGUUCUUCAUUGCUGA